UAAGCCCCGCCCCUCACUACCACACAUUUAUACAACCCCCCUCUGUUACAAAAGCUAGCGGUGUUUUGGACGAGAUACAAGCCGCUAAAAGUGCAAAGAAAAUGGGGGUGAAGAUUCGAGUCGAGUACUGUGGCGGAUGAGGAUACGAGCCCCGCUAUCGGGAGCUCGCUAACGUAGUGAAGAGCGAGUUUCCCGAAGCGGAAGUGUCUGGCUUUGUGGGAAGAAGGGGCAGCUUCGAAAUAGAAAUUAACGAUCAGCUCGUCUUUUCCAAGCUUGAGACAGGUGGCUUCCCAUAUGAGGACGACAUUUUGGGUACCAUCCAGAAAGCCCGUGAGGGGAAACCUUUGGAGAAGAUCACCAAAUCCCGUGCCCCGUGCGUCAUCAUGUAGCUCUUCCUCUGAUCUGCUCCAACAUCGGCAGCAUCCAGCCAGGAUGAGCUUCAUUGACCGCUUUCUGUGACAUCUCUGUCAGUUGGCUCCUCUCCCUGCUCCUAUGGGUCCCUCAGGCUGUUAAUGAUUGCUAUAACUUUAAAUCUAAAAGGUUAUGGUAUGAUGCAUGCAAGCCUGGAGCUCCACAUAUAGGAACAUGGAUUAGGAGAAACUGUCUCAAACUGGUGUGAGGGAGUUUGCUUAUUUACCUUUUGCCUCAAUGCUCUAAAUAUCUAAUAUACGUUAAUUAAAUGUAGGAUUUUCUUUUGUUUCGUUUGGUUUUUGUCUUGCAUGUAAUUAUUGGCAUACAAAAUUAUACAAAGCAGAAGCAAAAGAAAAGUAGGAAGUAAAACUACUGAAGUCAUUGCAGCAUUCAGUGCAUUUUUUUUUCUUUCCUCUGAGAUAGUAAUUGUUUAAGGGUAUUUUUUUUUUAUUGGCUAAAAUGGAUUUAAACUUUAUAUGAGAUUGAGCCAAGUACAUCUAUCAUCUGUGUAAUUCAAACUGAUAAAGACUAGAACCAUAAUCGGCUGCAUAUCUGAGAGAUGUAAUUUGUUCCUGUGGUGGUGUGUCAUGUGCAAUUUUACACUGCAAUUGAUGUCGAAACCAGAGAUUUUUAAUAAAGCAACUCAUUGUGUACAA